CCUGGGAGCCGGGCUGGGGAUGGAGGAGUUUGUGAAAACCCAACUGGAGCUCCUGGGAGAGGAGAGAGAGGCUGAGAUCCAACAGAGCAGGGCCUGGCAAGAAAGUGUAUCUUUAAAAGAGCUUCAACGCAAAGGUGUUUGCCUUCUAAAACUUCAGGUAGCCAACCAAAGGACUGGACUCUAUGGACGCCUGCUUGUGACAUUUACGCCCAGGAAGUAUGACUCAGAAGCAGUGCUGCCAAGCAACAGCUUUGGAUCAGGUGAUAUUGUGGGACUCUAUGAAUCCAGUAGCCCCGGUGAACCUCUUGCUACAGGGAUCGUGGCUGGGAUUACUCAGAAAAAUAUUAAUGUGGCCUUUGAUGAAGCCAAGAAUGAGUCAUUGAACCUGGGAAGUGAGUGUACUUACAGGCUGCUCAAAUUGGCAAAUGAUGUCACCUUCAAAAGAAUUAAAAAGGCUUUGACCACCUUGGGUCAGUACCAUACUGGACCAGCAUCAAACUUGAUCAAUGUUCUCUUCUAUUCUUCUGAACCAGGCGGUUCUACAGCAUCCAGAACAUUGGACUUUUUCAACCCAUCCCUGGAUGACUCUCAGAAAGAGGCUGUUAUUUUUGCCCUUGGCCAGAGAGAAGUCGCUAUCGUGCAUGGACCUCCUGGAACUGGUAAAACUACAACAGUGGUGGAAAUCAUCCUUCAAGCUGUCAAGCAAGGGUUAAAGAUCCUUUGCUGUGCUCCUUCUAAUGUUGCUGUCGACAAUCUGGUGGAACGCCUAGCUGUAUACAAACAGAAGAUCCUACGGCUGGGUCAUCCUGCUCGACUCCUGGAAUCUUUGCAGCAUCACUCUCUGGAUGCUGUACUGGCACGUAGUGACAACGCACAGAUUGUGGCUGAUAUCCGAAAAGAUAUCGACCAGACCUUGGCGAAAAUGAGAAAGUUACACCGAAAGGAAGAUAAAUACAGCCUUAAAAAUGAAAUCAAAACUCUCCGAAAGGAACUAAAGACCAGAGAAGAAGCUGCAAUGACUGAGACAUUAAAAAACGCAAAUGUUAUCCUGGCAACAAAUACAGGUGCUUCAUUAGAUGGGCCUCUGAAAUUUCUUUCUGAUAAUUAUUUUGACCUGGUGGUGAUAGAUGAGUGUGCCCAGGCCUUGGAAGCUUGCUGCUGGAUCUCAUUGCUGUUUGCUAAAAAGUGCAUUUUAGCUGGGGAUCAUAAACAACUGGCUCCCACAAUCCUGUCUCACAAAGCUGCAGAGAAGGGUCUGUCACUCAGUCUAAUGGAACGAUUAAUUGAGAAGUACGGAAAUUCUAUCGUUAAGAUGCUGACCGUCCAAUACCGUAUGCACCAGUCUAUAAUGCAGUGGGCAUCACAAGAAAUGUACGAAGGGAAACUUCUUGCACAUUCUUCUGUUCAACAUCAUUUGCUCAAAGACCUGCCAGGAGUGUCGCUCACGGAAGAGACAAGCAUGCCCCUGCUGCUGAUUGACACGGCCCAUUGUGGUCUCUUUGAAAUCGAGGUGGAAGAUGAGCAGUCUAAAGGGAAUCCAGGGGAAGUUCGUCUGGUAGAUUUGCACAUACAAGCUCUCACUAAAGCCGGAGUGAAACCUCGUGAUAUUGCGGUCAUAGCACCAUAUAACCUGCAGGUGGAUAUGUUAAGAGUGUGUCUCCGUCAGAGGUAUCCGGACCUAGAAAUCAAAUCUGUGGAUGGUUUUCAAGGAAGAGAAAAAGAAGCCAUUGUAUUGUCUUUUGUGAGGUCUAAUACUAAAGGUGAAGUGGGAUUUCUCGCCGAAGACCGAAGGAUAAAUGUAGCUAUAACGCGUGCACGUCGUCACGUUGCUGUGAUUUGUGAUUCCCAUACGGUCAGCAACAACAAAUUUCUAAAAGACCUGGUGGCUUACUUCAACCAACACGGAGAAGUGAGGACUGCUUUUGAAUAUCUUGAGGAUAUCGUGCCUGAAAAAUAUUCUCAAGAAAAGGAGACUAGUAGCAAACAAGAAACCAGAGCAAAGAAACUCACAAGUACGAAGCAAAAGAGGCCAGCCGCAGAGAAACCAGAGAAGCAGAAAUUCUCUGAGCGUUCCAGCAGUAAAGCAACGGACAAAUUACAAAUUAAACUGGGAAACACUACAGAGAACGUUCAUGAAAAUAAGAAAAUUGGUGAAUGUUCUGAAAACCAGACAAAUAAGGACAAUCUGAGAAAAACGAUUGACGAUUUUAUGAAGGACCCACAUAAAACUCACUUGGCGUUCCCUUCUACUCUUACAUCACAUGAUAGAUUGUUGGUUCAUCAGAUUGCCGAAGAAUGCGGUCUACAGCAUGUGAGCAUGGGAGAUGGUAAUCAAAGAUGUAUUUCAGUUUCCAAAACCGAAGCAAUUUCAAAAGAUACGGUAUCUCCGAAAAUGGAUGAUUCAGCCCCUGAAAAGCUAUUUCAGUUACGGCCUAAAGAAAAAGCCGAGAACGAAAAGGAGAUAAGUGUUGCCUCUAGUAGCAUUGAUUUGAAAGUGUUGCAUAUGGAAAAAUUGCAGAGGGAACAAAAAAAACUCGAAGAAAGUACUCGCAAAAAACAAACGGCCACUGCUCAGAAACCUGCGGAAAAGAAGAAAGCAGAUGCUAGAUGUAAAACAGACGCUAAUGCCGCAGUCACUGGUGCCGAUGACAAUUUCGAUGCAUUAAUUGCUGCUGUGGUGAAGUCUGACAACACGUGUGGAUUUGCUAAAUGCAAAGCAAGCGUUAUAACAGUCUGGGAUCUCUGUAUACACUGCAAUAAACGCUACUGCCUGAGCCACCAUAUUCCAGAGGUUCAUGGAUGUGGUGAGAGAGCGAAGGCCAAUGCCCGAACAAGGAUUAGCAGAGAAGGUGUUCUUUACGCAGGAAGUGGACAAAAAGACCACUCUUUGGAUCCAACCAAAAAAGCUCAUUUACAUCGGAAAUUAGAUAAGAAAAUCAAUGACUUAACAAAUCAAAGGAAAAUAAAAAAGAAGGAAAAGUGAAUAUAUAUAAUAAAUAUUCAAAUAGGAUGUGUGUCAUGUGGAUGGGAAUUAAACUAAGAACUGCUUUCAUUGA